AUGACCACCGAAUUGGUCGCCCACAUGCGCCUCUCCCACUACAAGGGACUAUGGCAGGCACUCUACGGCUCCACACACGGAUUCGGAGAGCGCAAGCUAAAGCUCCACCUGAUUUCCGCUCAACGCGGCGUUGUUGUCGAGAUGCCCAUCGUCUGCCAGUACGAAAACAACGUUCCCAUCCUCGCGACCCGAGGUGUAUCGAAGUCAGAAUGGUCAACGCUUUGCAAGCUCAUCUCCGAUGAGAGCGUGCUGAAGGUCAUCUUGUUCGACCAGGAGCGCGAUAUCCUUGCAAGGAUAACGUCGACUGGCGCAAAGCCACCCAAUGUCGACCUCUACCAGCUCAAAUUUUGCUGGCAGGAGGACGAUGAGAUCGCUAUCGCCCUGAAAAAAGGCAUCAAGUGGAUCUCAAGCAUUCUCGAGUGA